UAUACAUUCACUGUUAUACAUAUACAUUCAUAAACUGACAUAUUUAUGCAUAUAGCACAAUUCAUUGAGUUCAUUGAAAUUAUUUUCAUCAAUUGAAUUGAAAUAUUCAACCUGUAUUCUUUUUGUAUGACAGCAAAUAUAACCUUCAUUGUAACCAGACAAAUUCAUUUUCUCAUGUGGUCAUCUAUCAGUUUCAUAUUCGUGUUUUGGUCAUUAGUUCAUACAGAACCUCUUCAUCUCAGUAAAAUUCAAUUAAAUCAACAUGGAAUGUUCACCGAUUCUAGAGGAUUCAUCAAACUAUUUAGAGGGUUCAACAACGUUCGAAAAUCUUUCCCAUGGUAUGAAGUAGAUUCGCUGAAUAGCACACAAAUACAGAUGUUCCAUAAUUGGGGUUUGAAUGUCGUUCGAUUAGGUGUGAUGUGGAGUGGAGUCAGGCCAAAUAUAUCAAUUGUAAACACUACAUAUUUGAAUCAAAUUGAAAGGCUGGUCGAUUUAUACGCUAAUCAUGGAAUCUAUGUAAUAUUGGAUAUGCAUCAAGAUGGAUUAUCUAGCCGUUAUGAUUCUUACGAUGGAAUACCAUUCUGGAUAGUCGAUCAGUUUGAAAGACCAUCAAAAUUUUUUCAAUAUCCUUGGCCCUAUAAAAAGUCACCAACAUGGUUUGGGGCUUUUUACUUAACAUACGAGUGUGCUUAUACAGCCCAGCAGUUAUACCAGAAUGUGUCGGGUGCUUGGAAUCACUGGGGUGACUUUUGGGAAAUCGUAGCAAGAAAGUUUGGAAAAAAGUCAAAUGUACUUGGUUAUGAAUUGAUUAAUGAACCUCCACCUGGAAACUUUUAUACUAAUCCAUUACGCGGAUUUCCAGGUUAUGCUGGUCGAUAUAAUCUACAACCAGUUUACGAUUAUCUUGUGGAGAGGAUUCGUAAAUAUGACAAUUCAACACUGAUAUUUUAUGAACCAGUUACAUAUGGGAUAUUUACUCCGCUAAGUGCCGAAGGAUGGUCAGGUACUGGAUUUCAACGUGUUCCUGGAGCCCAUCGUGAUAAAUCCUCACCAAAUAAAAGUGUCCUAUCUUAUCAUUAUUAUUGUUGGAUACUGCGAACUGAUAACAAUAAUUCUACAAUGCCGUUUUGGAAGAAAGUCUUGUGUGACUCGUUCCUUUUACCGACUGUCAUUUCUAAUGCGAAGAAAGCACCAGAGAAAACUGGAGGAGGCAGAUUCUUAACUGAAUUUGGUCGAUGCGGAGAUGAUGGAAAUCCGUAUAGUAUAAAUACAGUUGAAUGUAAUGCAGUGCUAGAUGAAGCUGACCAACAUUUUGAAUCAUGGACAUAUUGGAGUGGAAACUUUCUUGAUGAUGUAGGAAAUCCUAUAGAAUCUCAGGUGAAAUCAUUCAUUCGACCUUAUCCACAGUCAACACAUGGGACAUUUCGAAAACAACAUUUUGAUCAUAAAACCGGAAAGUUCCAGUUCUCGUUUAUUACAAACCAAUCGAAUCAGCAGUAUGGUGAGAAGCAGAAAAUUCUAGUUGCAGAAAUUUACCUUCCCAUACCUGUACAUUACCCAGAUGGAUUUUCAAUAACUAUGAAACCAGAUAAUUUGACUAGUGAAAUGAAGGAAAAUAUGUUGCAUGUGUACCUGCCAACUGGUGUAUGGACUGAAGAUGUGCUUGUUGAAAUUGAAAUAGUUAAAAAAUAAUUCAACUUGCAGGUCUUAAUUGUGAACAAUGAAAAUUUAACAAGCUGAUAUUGUUGGUAAUUGUUGCAUAAAUAUAGUCAAAACUAACGAUUAUCUUUGCGAGG